AUGACUUUCAUUCCGGCUCCUCUGCUAUUCGAAUUUCUCAUCCGACUUCCUGUUAAAUCUUUAGCAAAGUUUAAGUGCAUAAACAAGACCUGGUUCUCUCUAUUAUCAGAUCCAGAUUUCAUUUACUCCCACUUAAACCGAGCCAAGACGGAAAAUCAUUUGGCUCUUUUAUUAUCGUUCAUUUCACAUGAUAAUCUUAGCAGCACCAUAAACUUCUUCGCCAUCAACGAUCAUGAACUUGCAGAUUUCGAAUACUCAGUUCAGGGUGGAAUUCAUAUUUGCAACCCCGCCACCAAAAACACAGUGAAACUUCCGGGAAAUCGUGCAAAAGGGUCUCGCCUACUGAGCUGUGGAUUCGGGUACGAAGGCGUGGAUGAAACCUUGGAAAAUACCCUUAAGCUUACGGAGUUGGGAUUUAAGUUCAAAUACAGCUUGGAAGAUAUGUAUGCAGGAGCUGUGGACACUUGCAGAGCCAAAGGACUGCUUCCUCUUUCUUCUGAAAACCCCGUCAAUGAGUAG